GAAUUUGCCUGUGCUGUGGGUAGGAGUCAUUGCCAUUGAUAUCUGAAUACUCCGCCAUCCAUUCCUCCUCCUCCUCUCGCUUCCGUCCAGCUCCAAUCAUUCAGUCAUCCCAAGUUGCGUUGUUUCAAAAUGGUCACCCAGAUAAAAGUCUCGCCCGACCUCCCCACAGUCUCGGAGGUCAUUUCGAAAGCACGAGCGGAGGAUGCUGCCACGGCUCCAAACAUUGUUCCGCUCGUCGCCUCGUUCCCCGCGGAAUUUCUGAACCCGUCGAGCGCCUACCUGAAGCUCUCGGCCACGAGCAAGACGAAGAACUCGUUCCUGUUCGAGAGCGCGUCGAGUAGGGAGACUAUCGGACGAUACAGUUUCCUCGGAUGUGACCCGCGAAAAAUCAUCAAGACCGGUACUGGCCAUGGCGAGGAAGUCGACCCCCUCACCGUGUUGCAGAAGGAACUCGCCAACUACCGACUGGCCAAAUUCGCGGGUCCAAGUCUUCCGCCCAUGACCGGUGGCGCUUUGGGCUACGUCGCCUACGACUGCGUCAAGUACUUCGAGCCGCGGACGAAGCGCGAGCUGAAGGACCCGCUGCAGAUUCCCGAGUCGCUGUUUAUGAUCUGCGACACGAUCGUGGCCUUCGAUCACUUUUUCCAGACCAUCAAGGUGAUCACGCAUAUGCACAUACGUGAAGAGGAGGAUGCGACCGUGGAGACGCUGCGAGCGGAUUACGAGAAGGCCGAGACGGACAUCGCCGAGAUCAUAAAGAUCCUACAGUCGCCCGAGAUUCCGCUACCGCACCAGCCACCAAUCGUGAAAGGGCAGGAAUAUGUGUCGAACAUUGGCCGUGAGGGAUACGAGCGCCAUGUCAACCGUCUGAAGGAGCACAUCACCAAAGGAGACAUCAUCCAGGCGGUGCCCUCGCAGCGCUUCUCGAGGCCAACGAGCCUCCAUCCGUUCAACAUCUACCGCCACCUGAGAACCGUCAACCCCUCGCCGUACUUGUUCUACAUCGACUGCGCAGACUUCCAGCUGGUGGGUGCCUCGCCCGAGCUCCUCGUCAAGGCCGAGAACGGCCGCAUCAUCACUCAUCCGAUUGCCGGGACCGUCAAGCGUGGCAAGACCAGCGAGGAGGACGAUGCACUCGCGCAGGAGCUGCGGUCCUCGCUCAAGGACCGCGCCGAACACGUCAUGCUCGUCGACCUGGCGCGCAACGACAUCAACCGUGUGUGCGACCCGCUCACGACCACCGUCGACAGACUCAUGAUCGUUGAGCGCUUUUCGCACGUUAUGCAUCUCGUCUCGCAGGUCUCGGGUGAGCUCCGGGAGGGAAUGACUCGCUUCGAUGCGUUCAGGAGCAUCUUCCCGGCCGGAACCGUGAGCGGCGCCCCAAAGGUCAAGGCAAUGGAGUUGAUUGCAGAGCUGGAGGGCGAGCGCCGGGGCGUCUAUGCUGGCGCGGUCGGUUACUGGGGCUACGAGAGCGAUAGCAUGGACACUUGCAUCGCGCUGCGCACCAUGACCGUCAAGGAUGGAGUUGCGUAUCUGCAAGCUGGUGGUGGUAUCGUCUUCGACUCGGAUCCUUACGACGAGUGGAUGGAGACCAUGAACAAGCUGGCGGCAAAUAUCCACUGCAUUGUCAGUGCCGAGGAGCGGUUUGGCGGCAGCGAAGCCAAUGCCCAGGACCUCGCCAUGGUGGGAGAGGAGCCGCAGCGCAACCUCAGCGCUGCCGUGCAUCUGGGUGAUGGGUCGUAGAAAUCAUGGAGAGCAUCUUGUGUGUGUGUGUGUGUGUGUGUGUGUGUGU